GACUGGGAGGUGACAGCUCCGACAGACCAGGCGACGUCAUGGACCGGGAUGGCUACCCCCACCAAACCCCCCGACAGAAGCGAGUGCGAACUUCGUUCAAACACCACCAGCUGCGAACCAUGAAAUCCUACUUCGCCCUCAACCACAAUCCCGACGCCAAGGACCUGAAGCAGCUGGCCCAGAAGACAGGUCUCUCCAAGCGUGUCCUACAGGUGUGGUUCCAGAACGCCAGAGCUAAGUAUCGACGAAACCUGCUCAAACAACAGGACUCGGAGGGCAGCGGCACCAAAUCAGGCCAGGGGGCAGAUCACAUCCAAGGAUCGCCCUCGGGUCAAGACAAGGAGGCCAAGGACACGAACUCUAUCCCUGACCUCAACGCCGGCUCACCGGCGCUUUCCGACAUCAGCUCCACGCCAUCGCUCUCCGACAUCCACUCCUCCACCAUGGACACCGACCACAACAGCAGCAGCAACAACAGCAUUUCCGACCUCUUCACCAGCACCAUCGCCACCAUCAAUUGA